UGAUUGGCUGUUGCUGGAGCGGUUGGGGCUGACUCACCGAAAGGGCCGGAGUCGGGAGCCUGGGCCGGGGCCAUGACCUACAUCCACAACUGGGAGGAAUUUGUAAAAGCGGCCGAAAAGCUGUGUCUGACGGAGCCAAUGAAGGUUCGUGUGGUCAUUAAGUAUCGACACUGCGCUGGGCUUCUCUCUAUGAAAGUGACUGAUGAUGUUGUGUGUCUACAAUACAAGACAGACCAAGCUCAGGAUGUGAAGAAGUUCGAGAAGUUCCAGAACCAGUUGAUGCGUCUUAUGGUUUCCCGAGAAUCUCGCAGCAACCUGAUGGAGAUGGACUAAGGAGCAGUGUUUGUUGCUGAGCCUACUUCAGGAAGGGCUAAAGAGAACUUGUGUGCAGAGGACCGAUUUAAAAAUGCAAGUCUGAAAGGCUGAUACAGGUUUUGAAUGGAGGUGUGAGUGUCUUUAGAGGAUCGAGUCUGAGGAUGGAGAUUGAAGAUUACCCAAGGAGACUGCAAUGAGAGUCUUUAUUGCAGCUGGCUAGAGCAGGGAUGGUAAAGGUGGUAAGGCUGAUGUCCCUGUGAAUUCUGGCCAUGUUUGUGUUAGUGUCUGCAGUCAAGGUAAUCUCCUUUUCUUUCCAUAAUCCUCCUGAGUUUGAAAUUCAUGAGAAUCUGUCAAUUAAUGUCAGAGCUAGGUACUAAAAUAAAUGGUCUUGGCGGAA